AUGAAACGUUUUCUAACAAUUGAACAAGCGCUUGCUCAACUUUUUGAAGAGGAACCAAUUGAAGAAAGAGAUAUGGUUAUAAUUCCGCCAAACCCCUCUGCAGUUAGUGAUGAAGAAGAUUUCGAUGAAAAUGACUUAACAAAUGUCGGAGUUUUGCCUUCAGAUACAGCUGGAGAAUUGGAGAUUCAUAAUUCAGUUGAUGACGACCUUCCAGAACCAUAUUCUACAAGCAGCUAUUCUCGAAUUUCUCACAAUUUAAAAUGGAGAAAAACGGAUGCAAUAUAUUCUUCAAGCCCUUUCAAUGGAGAAAAGGAAGAUGUAAUAAAACUUGAAAAUGAUUUACAUGGUAAAAGUCCAUCAGAUAUAUUUUCUUUAAUUUUCGACGAAGACUUAUAUUCCCUAAUUGUAGAACAAAGUAAUAUUUAUGCUAAACAAAUGAAUAGACCUAACAUAUGCAUAACCAUCCAAGAUAUUCAGAGAUUUAUUGGAAUUCUAUUAUUUACUGGAUAUCAUUCUCUCCCACAAGAAAGAAUGUACUGGUCUAAUGAUAGCGAUAUUUCUAUUCCAAUAAUCCGGGAUACAAUGACCCAAUUACAAUAA